UGACCGGAAGUCAAUGUGUUGUUUACUACAAAAGUGCUACAAAAAUAACAAAUAACCGUCGCCCGUCAUUAAAAAUAUUUCAUUUACCGUGAAUUUUUAUCAAUAUUAUUGUUAAAUUGAAAGAAAAAAAAAUAAUGGAAUUUAAAACACCAAAGAAAUUUCAAACACCGGAAAAAGUAUUGCCUCCAAUUAGAAUUCCUCCGUCGCCUUAUCUUAAAGAAUUAGGUUAUGGUUGCGGAGUAAAAGUUUUUACAUUGGAGAGAUCUCCGAAAGUUGGAUGUAUUAGAUCGCCUUGGGCAGUUAAAAAAAUUAAUAAAGUUGUCAAGGAUCCAAAAUACAAUAAACGAAUUCGUGAUGAAGCUUCAAUACUUUGUAAAUUAAAUCAUCCAAAUAUUAUUGGUUUUCGGGGAUUUACAAAAGGAAAUAUUGGAGAGCCAUGUUUGGUUAUGGAAAAACUUGACUCGUCUCUAGGAGACAUGAUUGAAGAAAGAGAUGGAGAAUUAUUUGCGGCAAAAGAAAUUUUAAGAAUUGGUUAUGAAAUUGCAAAAGGACUUGAAUAUUUACAUCAUACUGCAUUUAUUUUACAUGGCGAUAUAAAAAGUUACAAUGUUCUUGUUUCGUUUGAUUAUAAAAUUGUGAAAUUAUGCGAUUUUGGAGUUUCCCUUUGUCUCAAUAAAGACACAUUAGAAAUUGAUAAGAAAAAAGGAAAUGAACAUUACACUGGCACUGAAUGUUGGAAUGCUCCUGAAAUUCUUUCAGAGGAAGGGCCAGUGACAAAUAAAGCCGAUAUGUGGGCCUACGGUCUUGUUCUUUACGAAAUGAUGGCUCUUACUCCGCCACAUUUGGAUUCCGUUUGUACAAUGUCCGACAUAAUGAAAGAAAUAAUGACCGACGAAAAUAAUGACGAAAAUGACGAUAUAAAUUCAAUGGACGUUAGUUAUUCUUCUGAGCACGAUACAACAAUUUCUGGACCUGGUACACGACCACUUUUGCCAGCCACUUUUGCAAGCGAAGGUUACAAUCAGGUACUGGAAAUAUUUUCCGUUUGCACCGAGGAUGAAUAUAAAAAACGACCGAGCGCAAAAGGUGUCGUUCGAUUCUUUAAAACAGCCAUUUUUCCAGAGAAAAAAACUUAAAUUUUUCUUUUUUUUUUUUUGAGAAUUUAUUUUUGCUUCAUUUUUUUUUUUUUAUUUGAGAAUUUAUUUUUUUCAUUAAAAAUAAACGGCAAUCAAAAUUAAAAUUAUGAUUAUCGCAAUGAGAA